AUGGCUCAGGAGGGGGCUGCAGUGGGCUCCGGCACACAGGACCCUGGCCUCAGCCCCAGCAGCUGGGGGCUUUUCUAGGAGGAUGUAGAAGAAGCCAGCUCCAUGUCAGGCUUGAUGCCACACAUGGACCAUAGAGGGGUGAACCCUGGGGCUGGCAGCAGGAGAAGGGUCCUUAGGGAAAAGGCACAUUGAGGUGCCAGCUACCAGGCUGGGGGUACUCCUGGGGCCAGCCUGGAGGCAGAGGUCCUGGAGCUGCAGGCCGUGGGGCAAAGCCAAUAUUUGGUGCCUGUCACCAGGCUCCAUGUCCAGCUGCCCAUGGUGCCUGCUUAGGGGAGGGCUCGGGCCUCCAAGAGGCUCCAGAUUUCUCUGCACGACAUCUUAGCUGAAAGCUGGCCCAGGUAUCCUAGUAGCAUGUCUGUGGGUCUCCCAAACAGAGCUGUGGUUGGCAGGGAGAGGCUGGCUGGGGUGGAGGAGACAAGCCGCCCCCAGCCAGGAGAGGCCAGAGGAGGCUCGAGUUCUCCAGGGGGUGAUGAAGGAAGCCCCAACCUCAGCAAAGAGGAGCCCCCCAAAUGGAGCCUGCCUUUCUCACCAGGCUCAGCCCGUGAGGGCAGGAAGCGUGAGGCCCGCUCAGAGGGUGGGGAGGGGGCUGGUGGCUUCUUGUGGUGGUCAGAGCCGCGGUGGGAUGACCCCCAGUGUGUGGGAGCCCUUCCCCCACCAGGUGCUGACCUGGAGUCCUUGGGAGGCCUUUGCAGUCCCCUUGGGACUGGCUCUGGGCCCAGAGAUCCGGGUGGACGUUGUGAGGGAUGUGUCUCAGGGGCUGAGAAGUUUGAAUACUUGCCCACUGCGGGGAGUGGGGCCCAGCCUGGGAGCCCCUACGACCCCGUCGGGGUCCCACUCCUCGAUGGAGGAGAGCCCCUCAGGCCAGCUUCCCGGGUUCCUCCAGAGAGCUCGGUGCUGUGCCAGGGAGUGCCUGGAAAGGCCUUCACGGAGGGCCAGGGAGCCGAGCACGGAGUUGCUGGCAGUGAUGGUGGCCCUGCUGUCUCGCACAACCAGGAGGAGCUAGCCGUCCAGGCUCCGCCAGAGUCCAGAGAGAGGAGCCUCGCAGCUCCCGCCAGCACCCCGGCCACCUCCCUUGAGCCUGCAGCCAGCAAAGCUCCCUCAGGCCCGUCCAUGGGGCAGAGAAGAUCCAAGGGUGCUGGGCGGUGGAGGAGGGGCCCAUUGCCCCGUGCCCAGCACCAGGGCACAGACAACUGCGGCCAGGACCAGCCAGAGGGACCCAGCCCAGGAAGGUUCCCCAAACUGGAGGAAAUGAAAAUGCCACAUGGGGUGAAGCAUGUGUGUUACCUUGGUUCCGGGUCACUGAUCUCCCUCCUGGGGGCCAUCAGCUGUGGCCAGACAGGGGAGCAACAGCAUCCCAAGCUGGAGGCUCUGGAGAACAUGAUGGAGGUCAGCACCCUGUCACUUGUCCAGAGGUCCAGAAGGAAGGAAAGGCCCGUGGCCCAAGGCCCUGCUGGAUGCCCGGAGGGGGCUCCUGUUCCCUGCGCCGCCAAGUCGCCUGGGGGCGUCUCAGGGGAGCCUGAAGAGGAGGACCCUGGUGAACAAGACUGGGGAGAGGACUCGGCUCAGUUUCAGCCCCAACAGGAGAAGCUGUCCCCGGAUAUCGGGGUACGGAGCACUGUGGUGCAUGCCAUGCAGGAGGCGCUGUGGAGUCGCCUCCAGGAGCUCCCAGACCUGGUGCUGAGUGAGGAGGCGGUGGAGGGCAUCGCUGCUGGCAUCGAGACAGCCCUCUUUGACCUGACACAAGCCACCAACUGCCGCUACAAGACCAAGUACCGGAGCCUGCUGUUCAACUUGCGUGACCCCCGCAAUCCGGACCUGUUUCUCAGAGUGGUUCAGGGAGAUGUCACCCCCCACGGCCUGGUGCGGAUGAGCUCAAGCCAGCUGGCCCCCCAGGAGCUGGCCCGCUGGCGGGACCAGGAGGAGAAAAAGGGCCUGGAAAUCAUUGAGCAGCAACAGAAGGAGCCGUGCAGCCUCCCGGCAUUCAAACUGACCCACAAGGGUGAAGUCGAGAUCCUGCGGGACAUGGACCAGACGCUGACCCUCGAGGAUCUGGUGGGACCCAUGGUGUCCGGAGAUGGUAGUCCACUGGCCCUGCCUGCCACAUCAGAGGACACCAUGGAGCAGCACAAGGACACCACGGAGCAGCAUGAGCACCAUUUUCUGGACCCCAGCUGCCGCAUCUGCACGGACUGGAAGCCCUCCUGUGAGCUGCCAGGCCCCUUCAAAGCCACUAGGAGGAUAGGGGACAGCGUCUUCCAGAGAGCCCCGAGCCCAACCCUCGUGUCCUCUCCAGCGAUGCCCCAAACCAGGGAGAAGCCUCCCACGCGCCUCCAGGACAGGCCCCAGAUGCCUGCUGGGCCCACGAAGGCCCUGCUCAGCCAGCCGCCCUGGGAGGGAGCACUGGACAUGUUCUCCAUCAAGCGGUUCAGGGCCAAGGCCCAGCUGGUGUCUGGAAACAGCUGUCGGCUCCUCAGGGCCCUGCCCGAGGUGAUCCAUUCAGCAGGCUGCAUCCCCUCCAAUACUGUCUGGGAGCUUUUGGCCAGUGUCUGCCCAGCCGAGGCCAAGGACAUCUGUGUGGUCAGGCUGUGCCCACAUGGGGCCCGGGACACCCAGAACUGCCGCCUGCUCUACUCCUACCUCAACAAUAAGCAGCGCCAUGGCCUGGCGGCUGUGGAGCACGUGGGGGUGGUCCUGCUGCCCCUGCCUGCCUUCCAGCCCCUGCCCACCAGACUGCGCCCUCUGGGGGGCCCCGGCCUGGAAGCCACUCACUCAAGCCUGGUGCUGGCUGUGCUGCUCCCCAGGGCAGGGCUCCCAGACACAGCAGAGUCCAGACCUCUGUGGGGGAAGGUUCAAAAGACGGUCUCCUUCAACAGAAAAGUGGAGAUGAGAUGCUACCAGCCACAGCACAGGAGUCCCAACGCGGCCCCAAAGGGGUCCCCUCCCCCAAGGGGCAUGCUGCAGCAGAGCCGGGGCGAGAGCAGCCUGGCUCCAAGGGGAAUGUGUGCUUUGCGGAGGCCACCCAGAGGCAGGGGGAGACUGUGGGGAGAGCCUGAGACCUGGCAGAGUGCUGGGCGUGGGCAGUGGGCCCCCAAGCCAGGCCAGUGCCAAUCCGGGCAUCCCUAUUCAGCAGUACCAUCUGGCCACGGCCGGCACCUCCACAGGGCCUCCUGUCCCCACCAGGCCCUGCUCCAGCAUCUUGAAUCCCUGGUGUCCAUGAGCCACCAGCUCCAAGCCUCACUGAGGUCCCCAGGCCAGGAGACCCUUCCCCCAACUCCUGCCCUGUCUCCUGCAGCCCCUGGAAUUCUUGGCCUACUGUGCCAGCCACCUGCAGCUCUAGAGCCCCCUAGCCCAGCUCCUGACUCUUGGGGUCUUAAAGAUGGAGCUGGCGCUGAGUGUUCCUUCCCCGGAGACACUUGACCCUCAUGACCCACCAGAAGAGAGCCUUUGAUUCCUUCCCCAGUGCUGAAUCCUGAGCUGUUCCCGGGAGAGAGGGGCGGAGGAAGGGGAGGGUCGGCUCUUUGGAGUUUUCUCUUCUGCAGUCUGCUUGGUGUUGAUUUUUGGUUCAAUAAAGAGUUUGGCAAAGGUGA